AUGACCACAAGUAAGACAUUUCUCAAGGCUGUUGUCCCUAAAAGAGAACCAGAUCAAUGGAUAACGGAAGACAGAGUCACCAGAGAGAUUCCCUGCGAGCGUGCUGACCUGUUAGGUUGGCAAUGCCAGGAAGGUCAGGAGGUCAAGUUGCAGCAAGUGAUCUUUGCCCCACAGGACACUCCGUCAAAGCUCAGUGAGCAGAAGGUCAAGCAGUCUGAGAGGGGCUGCACGGUGAGUCCAUUGCCUGUUCAAAGUCAGAGGUCUCAAGCCAGCAAAAAAACUUUUGAAUGUAGUGAGUGCGCGAAAGCCUUCUCCAAGAGUUCCACCCCUAAGAAACAUCGGAAAAGUCAUACUGAAAAGCUCGACAUGUGUCAGAAAACACCAAGUGGAAAAAAACGCUAUGAAUGUAGAGAGUACGGGAAAGCCUUUCACCAGAGUACACACCUUAUCCAUCACCAAAGGAGUCACACUGGGGAGAAGCCAUAUGAAUGUAAGGACUGUGGCAAGGCCUUUUCCGUGAGCUCUUCACUUACUUACCACCAGAAAAUCCAUACCGGAGAAAAGCCUUUUGAGUGCAGUGUUUGUGGAAAGGCCUUUAUCCGGAACAUACAUCUUUCCCACCAUCAUAGAAUACAUACUGGAGAGAAACCUUUCCAGUGUAACAUUUGUGACAAAGCUUUCGUUUGCGGAGCACUUCUUACUAAGCACCAGAACAUUCACAGUGGCGAGAGACCCUAUAAAUGUAAGGAAUGUGGGAAAGCCUUCAAUCAGAGUACAAGUUUUCUUCAGCACCAGAGAAUACAUACUGGAGAGAAACCCUUUGAGUGCAGUGAGUGUGGAAAGGCCUUCAGGGUAAACUCAUCCCUCACCGAACACCAGAGAAUUCACACGGGGGAGAAACCAUAUAAAUGUAGUGACUGUGGCAAAGCAUUCCGGGAUAAUUCAUCCUUUGCGCGACGUCAGAAAAUUCACACCGGAGAGAAACCUUACACGUGUGGCUUGUGUGAGAAAGCUUUCAGGGACCAGUCGGCCCUGGCGCAGCAUCAGAGAAUCCAUACUGGGGAAAAACCUUACAUGUGUGAGGUAUGUGAGAAAGCCUGCAGUGACCAUUCGGCCCUUACCCAACAUAAGAGGAUUCAUACGAGAGAAAACCCGUACAGAUGUAAGAUCUGUGGGAAAGCUUUUAUCCGAAGCACCCACCUCACUCAGCAUCAGAGGAUUCACACGGGAGAGAAACCUUAUAAGUGUAACAAGUGUGGGAAGGCCUUCAACCAGACUGCAAACCUCAUUCACCACCAGAGGCAUCAUGUUGGGGAAACGUGAUAGGAAGGUGGUUCAUUUGGAAGUGCUGUAGGAACG